CGCGUUCCCUCCGACCCCUUCAUCCCCCUCGCCCCUACGCUACGCCACCUAUAAACUCGAAUAGCGUCACCACCUCGGGGAAGUUUCCACGAUCCCUCCCCUCUUUCUCUUCGUCCUCUUCCCCCAUCGCUCUCACCUCUUCUUCCCCUCAUCUCUCUCUCUCUCUCUCUCUCUCUCUCUCUCUCUCUCUCUUCUUCGUGAUGCCCUAGGAUCCCCCCGAACGAACUCGGCGGCGCCCAAUUCCGGAUUCGGACGGGAUUCGGGGGGAGCAAUGCGUUGCCCGGAUGGAUCGACCAUUAGAAUGGAAGAACUUAUGAGAAAGAUGUUUUGGGACCUGGUUUCUGUAGUUGUGAUAUCUUAUUUAGGCAGAUCAUGAGAACCAUGGGGUGACAAAUGGGAGGAAAUGAUAUGUAAUUCAAUAAUUUAUUGCCGAUGGAGGAUAUCCCAAGUGAUCCUGGGAAAUCGGAAGCUCCGAAUCCGAAUACAAGUUGGUGGCCCUCAGACCUAACAGGCAAGUUGCGGUCUGUUUCUUUAAUGCCGGAAGAACAGAAUUUGGGCGCAGCUGGCUCGGCCUCUAAUGCUGGACAAGAACUUUCGCCUCGGGCUGCUUCUCAGAUUUUGUGGUCCACUGGAACAUUAUCCAGUCCAAUACCAAAUGGUUUUUAUUCUAUCAUUCCGGAUAAGAAGCUGAAGGAGCUUUUUGACACUAUUCCUUCUCCAGAAGACCUCAAUUCUUUUGGGAUUGAGGGGCUAAAAGCUGAGAUCAUUCUUGUAGAUGCAGAUAAGGAUAAGAAGCUUUCCAUGCUUAAACAAUUAAGUGCAGCACUGGUGAAAGGAUUGAGCUCUAAUCCAGCUUCACUAAUUAAAAAGCUUGCUGGUUUGGUAUCGGAUUUUUAUAAACGUCCAAAUCCACAGUUGAGCCCUGCAAAAGCUACAGCUGAAGAAAUUGCUCAUUUGAUGGAAAAUCGUGGAAUUCAACUCUUGGGGCAGAUAAGGCAUGGAUCAUGUAGGCCAAGGGCCAUUCUGUUUAAGGUUCUUGCUGAUUCUGUAGGUCUUGAGAGCAAACUGGUGGUGGGCCUGCCUGGUGAUGAAUCUGUUGAAUGUACAGACUCGGACAAGCAUAUGUCUGUGGUAGUUGUGCUAAACUCUGUGGAGUUGCUUGUUGAUCUGAUGCGUUUCCCAGGACAACUUGUUCCAUUCUCAGCCAAGGCUAUUUUCACAUCCCAUAUUUCUGCAGCUGGAGAGAGUGACUCUGCUGAUUAUGAUUCUUGUGAUUCUCCCCUUGAACCUAAUAGUCCUUUGUGUGGCUUUUAUGAGAGAAUUGAUGGUGAAAGUCAAGAACUAGACGAAAAUGCCAGAUCUUUAGGCAUCCGAAGAACUGAGGCCUCAAAUGUAUCUGGCCCUUCACUACGGAAUAUCAUGUUGAGAUCUGCCAGUCUAGCUGAGAGUAAAUUAAGUUUAUCGCAUAGUGAACCAAACAUUACAAAUGCUUUCUGGGGUCGUAGCAGGAGCAAAGUCGUUGCUGAUCAACAAAGGACAGCUAGUUCAAGCCCAGAGCAUCCUUUGUCUAGAGUUCGCGGGAGGUCCAUGCUGAGUGGUGAUAGACAUUCAUUUAGAGAUUAUGCUGAUGGUGUUGCCACAUCAAGGUCAGAUGGGGCAUCAACAUCUAAUACUCGUAGAGCUCGAAGAAGAAGCAUUAGUAUUACUCCUGAAAUUGGUGAUGAUAUUGUGAGGGCCGUCCGCGCAAUGAAUGAAACAAUGAAGCAAAAUCGCCUUUUAAGAGACCAGAAUGAUGGAAGUUCUCAUUUGGAUUCAAAAAAAGAGGAUGUAAAUGCUUCGCCACAAAAUGUAGCAGAAUAUGAUCUAAAUAUUAAUGAUGAAUCAUCUAGUAGAGCAACCAGUUUGUACAAUGUUUCAAGAAGGCAAAUCACCAGUCAGAAGGCAAUAUCGUUACCUUCAUCCCCCCAUGAAUUCAGCGAUCGCAAUUCCGAGUUAAGCACACCUUCAGACUUCCUAACGGCAGAAGAUUUGAUGUCGACAUGGAACAAAGUCUUGCGGUCUUCACCAUUCUUGAACAAGCCUUUAUUGCCUUUCGAAGAAUGGCAUAUUGAUUUUUCAGAGCUUACUGUUGGAACUCGAGUUGGAAUAGGGUUUUUUGGAGAGGUUUUUCGGGGAAUAUGGAAUGGUACAGAUGUUGCAAUUAAAGUAUUUCUAGAGCAAGAUUUGACAGCUGAGAAUAUGGAAGAUUUCUGCAAUGAAAUAUCCAUAUUAAGCCGACUUCGACAUCCAAAUGUAAUAUUAUUCCUGGGAGCAUGCAUGAGGCCUCCUCACCUAUCACUGGUCACCGAGUACAUGGAGAUGGGUUCAUUAUAUUAUCUAAUUCAUAUGAGUGGGCAGAAAAAGAAGCUCAACUGGCGUAGGAGGUUGAAAAUGCUUCGUGAUAUUUGCAGGGGGUUGAUGUGCAUGCACCGCAUGAAAAUAGUCCACCGUGAUUUGAAAAGUGCAAAUUGUCUGGUGAAUAGGCACUGGACUGUCAAGAUUUGUGAUUUUGGGCUCUCUCGAGCAAUGACUGGUGCUCCGAUGAGUGACAAUUCAUCUGCAGGAACUCCCGAAUGGAUGGCUCCGGAGCUCAUGCGCAAUGAACCCUUCACAGAAAAAUGCGAUAUUUUCAGUCUUGGAGUGAUAAUGUGGGAACUCUGCACCCUAAAUAGGCCGUGGGAAGGGAAACCAUCAGUCCAAGUUGUCUACUCUGUUGCUAAUGAAGGAGCAAGGCUAAAAAUUCCUGAUGGGCCUCUUGGCUGCCUAAUUUCAGAUUGCUGGGCGGAGUCUGAGAAAAGACCGAACUGCCAGGAGAUACUUACCCGCUUGCUCGAUUGCGAAUACACUCUUUGCUGAUAUAAUAUGCUGCGAAUUUGUAUAUCAAUUGUUGAGGCAACAAAACAUCAGCUUGCGUUUUCUGUAUCAUUUUUCUUUUUGUGUUAGUGCUUUACCCUGUCCACCUGAAAUUGUAAAUUAGCAAUCUGUGCUGUGAGAGACAAGAUUCCUUAGCAUUUUUUUUACUUUCACUGCUUCUUCCAAUAUGAUCCCAAUUGCACAAAUUUUACUGCACAAUAGAAUGAAUUUUGUGACUUCUUCCAGAACUAAAUUAAGAUUCCACUGCUUUUUGAAUGCU